AUGCCUCCGCUUCCAAAUUGGAUUCUGAGAGCAAGAGUUUGGAAUUUGUGCUGCCAUGGACGUCCCAUUACAGAUAAAAAGUUGGCAAGUUUUGGCAAUCCACAUGGUGAAUGUGGAGCAUUUAGCAAGGGCAGUUGCGAAACCAAAAACGAUGCUUUGUCCAUUGUACAAAAUCCAAGCACAAUGAGUUGUGCACAGGAUAUGGUUCAGACACUCGCUCUGGAAGCAGUUUGUUAG